UUCACUUCUUUCCCUUUUUUCAGAUAACCUCCCAAAAAUCACUAAGGAUAAUUACAAGGAAGUCCUAGAAAAGUUUGGAUCAAGAUCUGAGUUGGCAGGAGGGCCAUUUGACGCUGCUGAGUCUGAACUCAGCGAAGAAGAAGUUGAAGAGCUGUUCCGAGAGAAUGUUCCUGCUUUGAUUGUUGAAAACAACCAAUUAUUGACAAAAUUCUUUUUGUCUCCUGAGUUCUCUGUGGAGUAUGAAUCAAACAAGAGUUUGCCUAUAAUGCGGGUUCGUGGCAACAGUGUGCUGGAAACUGUCGGAAUGCUCAAGUAUACUUUCAAGAAGAAAAAUGCAGUUAUUCUUGAGGAUGGAGGUAAAAAAGCAGAUCACACGUGA